AUGAUUAUUUUACAAAUUCUGAAAAAUCUGUGUUCUAUAGAGCCAACUGUUAAUCAUUCAAGUAGUGCGAUCAAGACAAUUGAUUACUAUUUGUUUUGUUUUAAACUGGAUAGAUUUUUAGAGGAAAAUCAAUCAACCUUAAUGAAACAAACCAAUUAUUCCAAGAUUAGAACAAUAAUUCAGGAUAUUUCAUCCAAGUUUGAAACAUUAAAUUAUUUCACUAAAGAGAUUGGAACAAUACUUUGCUUUUUCAAUGAAUGGACAAGCAAUGCCAAAACAUUUGAAGAUCACAAACAAGUAUUAACAAAGUACAAACAACUUGGAGGAGAUUUCUCAAAAAUUAUUAGAGUAAUUACUCAAUUCGAUUACUACUCCAACAAGGAAUAUGAUAUGAUAUCAGUAUUAGGUCAUGGAGGAGAAGGAGUUGCAUUAAAAGCAUUUAGUAAGAAGAUUAAUGAAAUGAUUGCCAUUAAAAUCAAGUUUGAGAAGGAAUAUGAUGAAGUGUCAUCUCGCGAACGAAUUCAAUUUAUCAGAAGAAAUGACAUUGAAGGAAAAAUUAAGUGUUAUGAAUGUAAUUUAAUUGACAAUUACAUGUAUUCGAUUAUGGAGUUGGGAGAAGAAACACUUGCAGACUAUAUCGAUAGAAAAAGGACAGUACAUCAAAAACAAGCAUCCAUUUCAAAAGGAAUUCUGAUUGAAAGGUUGACUAUAUUUACUAAAGUUUUACAAGCAGUGAAAUCAAUUCAUGACCAUAACAUUUCACACAGAGAUUUGGAUCCUAAAAAUGUUGUGAAAAUGAAAGAAUAUUACAAAAUUAUUGACUUCGAUAUUGCCAAAGUGAUCAAGACUGGUAACUCAAUCACGUUAACAGUUGGAAAAUUUGCAUACAUGUCACCUGAAGUUUCACAUGAUAAUUACGAAGAAAUGUUACUGGAUGGUGAAAAACUUGCUCACAAUAUUGGAAAUAUUACCACUUCAUGUGAUGUAUUCUCACUGGGAUGUAUGUUAUUGAAACUUUUGACAGAUUGCAGUUUGAGGUUGGACAGAGAAUUCUUGGAAGAUUCUAAUUUUCAAAAAUAUGGUGGAGAGUAUCAAUAUUUCAAAGAUAAUGGAAGUUAUUUCUAUUUGGUAUUGACAGAUUUAUUGAGGGAAAAGAAGUUGCAUCAUGCAAUUCAAAAAGAAAUUGAUCAACAUGUUGAUCCUGAGUUGGGAGUGAAUGUUGUUUUAGUGAAAUGUUUAAUUACCAUGAUUCAAAAAGAUGCAUCCAAAAGAUUGAACUGUUUCACACACAUGACUAUUCUAUCCAAAGUAAUUGGUUUUUUGAAAGGUGACAGUAUUCCAAUUCAUCAAAUUCUUAAGGAAAUGGAUAAUUACAAGGAUAUAAGUGAGUUAAAGGAUAUUCCUCAAAUUAUUGAAGAGAAUGAACAACUCAAACACGAAAUUGUGGAAUUAAAGAAAAGAGUCAAGGAGUUGGAAGAGAAACUCAAAAUAAAAUAA